GUCAGAAACUGAAAGGGGCUGCUCCAGCUACCGGCCCCUGCUUCACCUCUCCUGCUGGAGCACGGCGACGAGCGGCGGCGGCGGCGGCUCUUCCCAGACACUCGUCGUCCUUGCUUCCUACUCGCCCGGUGCCGGGAGAAGCAUCCCCACGGCCACCCGGGUGCAGAUGUGCCUGGAGACGGGACAGCCGACACGAGGAGCGUCGUGGGGUGAGACAGGGGAGGGGCCGGUGGCAGCCGUGCCCAGAGUCUGGAACAGACUUGUCUCUCUUCUGAGACCUCUCUUCUCUCUUCCCAUGGGGAGUGUGUGUUCUCAUCUUUCUUUCUGGAAAAGAGUUGCUGGAAUUGUCUUCUGUCUUGUUGUGAUUUUCAUCUUAAUAGGGGUUAUCUUAUAUUCACCUGCAUUACUAGACCUGGAGCCAUGCCCUGAUGACUGGCUGUAUUACAAGAGGAAAUGUUACUAUCAUUCAGGAUCUGUGGCAGACUGGAAUUCUAGUCAGAAGUUCUGCUCUGACUUUGGAGCUUCCCUUGCAGUAAUUGACCACCCCCAAGAUCUGGAAUUUAUAGUAUAUCGAAUGCGCACUAUAGACUUCUGGAUUGGACUACAAAAGACAGAAAAUAAAUUCUUCUGGGUGAAUGGAGAGUCACUUAACACAAACCUGUUUCAUGUCAAUAUAUCAGAUGAUGGAGAUUGUGUCCACAUAAAUUCAGCAUUUGUCUCUACCAAAAAGUGCUCUUCACAGAGGAACUGGCUUUGCACCCUUGGUCAGUUUGAUCCAAAGACAAUCUCUUAAUAGGGAACAGCUGGCUGUGCAAAUACAGAGACUCAGCAGGUUGCUGAGGUAGGCUCCAGAAGGGCCUUGAAUAUCUCCAGAGGAGACUCCACAACCUCCCUGGGCAGCCUGUUCCAGUGCUCUGUCACCCUCACCGUGAAGAAGUUCUUUCACAUGGUGGUGCAGAACUUCCUGUGCUCUGUCUUGUA